GAGGGCCUUGGCGUACAUUGCGUUCCAAUCCGUCUUGUUCGAACGCUGCMUGGGUGGCUCCGCAAAAGCYCCAGUCCCUGUACCUGACCCUGAUGAUGAGUUCUUCGACAUCGAUGACAUAAUUGUACCCAUUGUAGAAGCAGAGACUGUAGUGCUAAUACUGGAACCAACCAAUGACUUGAGCAUGUCCAGUGUUUUCGCAGAAUUCGCAUUUUGCAUAUUGAAUGCGGCUGUCCCCAUAGCCAUCCCCGUUGGUGGUACCCCCGCUUGUUCCAUAUAACCAUCAAAACUUUUCAUAUCUAAGCUUUGUAAAAUACCAAUCGAUGGAGCAAAAGAUCCCAUCGUAUUUGUUGGAAGUGCCGGAGCACCUGGAUUACCGCCUACACCAAAUCCAUGGUUUGUGUCACUUGAUGGACCAUUAUUGGCAUGGUUUGCAGACAUCCCAGCUGCUGCACUGGAUGCACCGACGGAAGUCAUCCACGACGGUGGAAACUUCGAUUGGUAAGAGUUUAUUCCAACAGAUGAUUGCAUAGGAACAGAAGAAUUGGCGAAAUUUGCGGCACCAGCAUUUGAUUGCAGCCCCGCGUUGUUGGUGUUGCCGAACAUUGGCAUUUGAUCAACCCUGUAUUUUAAAAUGUCAUCUACCGUCGGUAUAACGUGAGAUUGUCCUGACGGUUGUCUGUUUGAUGAGUUAAAUAAGAAAUCGAGCUUGUU